AUGUACGAGCGGAGUAGCUUAAGGUAUGCCCACACUACGGGCUAUACUAGUUUAAUUUACACAGACGAUGGCGAAUUUAUAUUGACCUGUGGCUCUGAUGGAGACAUACGAAAAUGGCGAGGAAUUGAUGAUGAUGACCCAUCAUCGAAUUGCUUGGGCGAGUUUGUUGUCUGUCUAGCACAGAAGAACGAUAAAUUGUUGGCGUCAACUGACAGAAAUACGGUGCAAGCAUAUACGUUCCCUGAUAUGGACAAUGAUGGAACAUUGUUGAGAUUCACGGCUCCCGUAAUAUGUAUGAAAGUAAGAGGCGUGUAUUUGGCGGCGGGGUCCGAAGAUACUAAAAUCAAAGUUUUAAGAGAUGGCGAAAGUCAGCCAAUAGAUGUAGAAGGCCAUAGUGGGCCAGUGCUGGCGCUGGAUAUUCAUCCUAAUGGUAGCCAUUUGGCUUCAGUCGGAGGUGAGGGGGUUCUAAAGAUAUGGGAUUUAUUAAGCGGAGGGAAGGAAAUUAAGACCAUAGCUGGCUUGCCCAAAGCUAAUAGUUUUGAAAAUGCAAAAUUCUUUGGAACGCCUUGCUUUGAGCCUUGCAACGGCUAUUCGCUGAUAUACGCAAAUGGAAAAGAAAUAAUUGUGUUGAAAACCAGUAGCUGGGAAACGCAGUAUACCAUGACAGAUGAAAAAAUCAAAGGUAGUUACACUUGUUGUCAGUUUUCCACAGAUGGUUUAUUUGUAGCGGCUGCCACGGAUAUGGGUGAGAUUUCAUUAUUCGAUUUCUCCAACCGACAGAGCAAAAAGUGCGAAGCGCCAUCAAGCGAGUGUCAAGCCAUAACAUGUUUAGCAUGGAGCACCAAAGGUAACGAUGAGUUGGCGUACUGUGAUGCCACCGGCCAAUUGGGUACACUUUUCUCUAGUGUCGGAACGAUGGCGGAAGACACGGAUAUAGUUAAAACUGCCGAGGCACUUGAAAAUGAAUUUGGUGAUAUGGAAUUUGCCGAUGAAGAAGCCAAAGUGGAUGGAGAUGCUUUUAAUGGUGACGAUGACGAGGACGAUGAAAAUGUGGUGUCAAUUGAAAAGCUGAAGAAUAAGGUAAUGUCCUAUGCCAGUGGUGGAAGCGCUCACGAUGAUGAAGAAACUAAAGAUUCUAUUGGAGAUGUGCGAUCAGCAACACCAUCUGUAUCAGGCUAUGUAAUGCCGAAAAUGUUCAAACAACAGGAACCAUUUCAACCAGGAUCGACCCCAUCACAUUUGGAACACCGAUAUUUGGCAUGGAAUACUGUGGGUAUCGUCACGCUUCACACCGAUGGUGCCGACGGUGGAGCUAUCGAUGUCGAAUUCCACGAUGCCAGCGUACACCAUUCGCUGCACAUACCAAAUUACAACAAUCAUAACAUGGCCAGUUUAAGUUCGACUGUGCUUGCGAUGGCCUCUGAUAGUUCCUCGAAAAUUGUUUGCAUUGCCCUAGCAGCUUCCGGAAAUAAGGAGUGGUCGGUACAAUUGCCAGACUGCGAAAGUGUGGAAGCACUGUGUGCAUCAUCUCGUAUGUUGGCAGUGGCAACGAGCUCACAAUUCCUAAGAAUCUUUACCGUUAUGGGCACCCAGAGAGAGGUCGUUUCAAUACCUGGACCGGUUAUCUGCAUGGCCGGUUAUGAAGAUCGUAUCUUGGUGUGUUACCAUAGUGCUGCUCCUGGCGCCAAACAGCAACACCUUCAAGCUAUGCUAUUUCAAACGUGUGGUUUGCGCCUCAAGUGCCAAAAUAUCACAAUGCCACUUACUCCGGAAAGACAAUUGGCAUGGCUUGGUUUCUCCGACUGUGGUUCUCCAGUGUUUAGCGACUCGAUGGGGCUGGUCCAGCUAUUUAAUGUGAAAUCGAACUGUUGGUAUCCCGUGUGUGAUACUAUGAAACAAUCAUCUAGCGUUUCAAAUAACUACUUUGUAAUUUCCCUCUCGGAAAGGUCACAGAUUUUGCAAGCUGUGCUAUGCCGCGGAACUUCAUACCCAAUGACAAACCCACGGCCAAUGGUGCAAGAAUUGUCGCUACAAUUGCCAUUGUGCGAUUUAGAAAAUGAGAAAUCUAUUUUGGAAGAUUCGAUGCUUAGGGCGUCCGUGAUGUCUGUGGAUAGCUCAGAAAAAACCAUCAAGGAGACGGCAAUAAAGCUGUUUGCUUUAGCAUGUCGCAGUGAAAUGGAGAUGCGUGCGAAAGAACUUAUUGAAACUAUAGCAUGUACUGACUUGCUAAUGCUUGCCGUAAAAUAUGCCACCAAGCUAGGAAGAAUACAUUUAUCAGAUCGCCUAUCGGAACUGUUACCGCAAAUAGAGGAAGAACAACAAUCUCGCGAACAGGAAGAACAAUUGGUGGAGCAAUCUUUGCCGGCGUCCCCACUGAUCCUGCUCAAAGCCUAUCAAAAUGGUUCUGCUUCGUCAUCAAACAAACUAGCCCCAAAAUCAAUGGACUUGGGAUCGGCUAAAAAGUCCACCCUCAAACGUUUCGCGUUUUCAAACUCACCAACGUCGUCACUUUUUAAAAAGUCAACAAAUGGUACAAAUGAUUCACUACUAGCCACGCCGUCAUCCGAAGCAUCCCAGGAGAAUUUCAACGGAAAUGAGACUGAAUCACAGGUGUCCAAAGUUUCAUCUGAUGACGGCAAAUCCAUUAGUCGCACUCCAUUAAAUUCCGUAAACCCGUUUGCUUCAAAACGCAAAAUUUCCGAGGUAGACAAAACUAUUUUGAUGGGUUCGGAAAAAUUAAAAAUGGUCAAGAAGUAG